CAUCCGUCAGGAUGUUGACGUCAUGAUCGGUAUUUCAUGGCGCCGCGACGGAUCAGAUGGGCAUUGUCGUCGCCGUCGCAACGCGACGCUGCGGGUCCGAGGGGUCGGUACCACGUGACGGCACAGGACGGUGCGCGAUUCCCGACCCUUGCCUGGCGAGUUGGUACAAUCUUGAAUGGUCUUGAGCCGGGUCUUGGAUCGAAGAGCCAAGCUAGGCCAAGUUUUCCCACUACCUAUGUUGCAUUCCGAGUGUUUCUCAUCUUGCAUGAACUGUUUCUCCCCCCUAUGAACCACGUGUAGAUGGAUGAUCUGCAUACAUCCACGACCCCGUGCUUGCCUUUGGACUUGCCUGACAGUCGAGGUUAGCCGUCCUAACGCGUCCACCACAAAUCGAACAACCCCCGCCCAUCCGUUGAACUGUGUAUCGGCAUCGCCAGCCCUCGACGAAUACACGUGCCCAUCGCGAGGAUCAGCGCGCAGACGCAACGUGCCUCCCACGACCGUAUUUUCAUAGCGGAGCGUGAUCACUGAUCAUCGCGGAGACCAAUCAGCAACAUCCCGACGCGUGUUCCCGUUCCAGCUUGAAAUAGCCGAACAGUCGAUUGUUCUUCUGUGAGAGCGGGGGCGGAAACAACGUUCUCUCGACAUAAAACGGGGACAGAUCCCAGUUCGCACAUCGCAUACACUCGCCUCUCGCCACCACCAUGCCUGCCGCUUCUCGCAUCCACGCGUUACUGUUGGCCCCACUUGUUGUCUCUGCAGCUCGGUACUGCUCCCUCAAGCCCCCCAACGCUGUGUUAUCGAGCUCCGGGCCCUCGAGUGGCGGCGCUUCUGGAUCGGCGGGGACGCAGCCGGGACUGAAUUCGUCCUCGCAUGGGGGGACGGACCCAACUGACGUCGUCGCCACGGCGUGGUAUCCGGGCUGGAACAACUUCCCGCCAUCCGAGAUAUCGUGGAGCAAGUACAACGCGAUGACAUUCGCUUUUGCAACGACUACGCCGGACUCGUCGACCAUCGCGUUGGACGACCAGAGCGCUGCGCUGCUCCCCACUUUCGUUGCGACUGCCCAGGCCAAUGUGAGUGCGUCGCGUCGCAAACGAGCGAUCCGAUCAAGCCACGUUCUCACGACCGGGCCAGGGCGUCUCGGCUCUGCUCUCCAUCGGCGGCUGGACCGGAUCAAUGUACUACUCCUCCGCUGUGGCAUCGGCCGCAAACCGAACCAGCUUCGCCGCCGCCGUACUGGGCCUGGUGUCGACGUACCAGCUGGACGGGAUCGACUUCGAGUGCGUUCCCUUGCUAUCUGCCCCUGGUGUUCUUCCGUCCGAACGACUUGGCUUGGCAGCUGGGAAUACCCCGGGACGCAGGGUCUCGGAUGCAACGUGAUCAGCCCCAGCGACUCGGCCAACUUUCUGGUGUUCUUGCAGGAACUGCGAAGCACUCCCGCGGGGCAGAAUCUGAUUCUGACCGCCGCGGUGGGACUGAAACCCUUCGCCGGCCCGGACGGGAACCCCAUGGACGACGUUUCCGGGUUCGCGAAAGUGCUCGACCGCAUCGCGAUUAUGGACUACGAUGUGUUUGGGCCGGGCUACUCGCAGACGGUCGGCCCCAACGCCCCGCUGAACGACACCUGCGCGCCGCCGGCUCAGCAGCAGGGCUCCGCCGUGUCUGCGGUGCAGGCGUGGACCGCGGCGAAUUUCCCCGCCAACCAGAUCACUCUGGGUCUGGCUUCCUAUGGCCACAGCUGGCCCGUGACACCCAGUGAAGCACUGGACGGGGCCCAUCGGCUCCAGCCGUAUGCGAGCUACUCCAAGUCAGCCCCAGUCCCCGCCGGAAGCGAGGAUGCGGGAGGGAGCGCUGCUGCGACCGUAGACCAGUGCGGGAACCCGCAGAGCGGCGGGAGCGGGAACAGCGGCGAUUCGUCGUUCGCUGCGCUGAUAGACACGGGAUUCCUGGACUCGAACGGGACUGCGGCAUCGGCAUCGGGGAUCAGCUUUGUCUUCGAUCAGUGCAGUCAGACGCCGUUUGUCUACAACUCGACGUCGCAGGUCAUGGUGUCAUACGACGAUCCGCAGUCCUUUGCCGCGAAAGGCCAGUUUAUUAAUAGCAUGGGGCUGGCGGGGUUUGCGGUGUGGGAUGUGACGGGGGACAAGAACGAUCUGCUGCUGGACUCGCUGCACCAGUCCAUGGGGAUCGAGUCUGUUUGCGAUUAGAGUAUACUUAUCGACCGAGUCCUAUGUGCUAUUAUUAUCUUGCUCGUGCAGGAUGUCUAUGCUGAUCAAAUGCGUUCUGUCAAAACAUACUAAUCAGGGCUU